AUGGAGAUUGUGAGGCAGAAGGUACUAAACUACCGUACAUUGUUUGGCAUGAGUGACAAGGAGUUGGCAUGGUAGCACAAACAUACUGGCACUCAGGCUACUGCUGUACUGACCUCACAGCAUCGUGUCUUCUUCUAUCUGGACUUUUAUGGGAUGUUUUCUUUCCUCUAUUUGCUGGUAAUGUUUGUGUCUGACUGGGCGUUAACAACAAGGUGUCUCUCUGUGUCCACUGUGUCCUAGGAGCCCAGUAACAAGCGGGGGAAGCCCCUGUCCCGCGUCACCUCGCUGGCCAACCUCAUCCCUCCAGUCAAGACUGCUCCUCUGAAGCGAAUAGGACAAACACUGCAGGUACAACAGUACAGAUAACUAUGCUGACAAAUACGAACACGUAGGACAACCACUGCAGGUACAUAUAAAGAGUAUCUAAAUGCUUAAUUACAAAAAUGUCAUUAAUAACACUUCACAAAUACGACCUGCAGGUUUAGUACGUUAUGCUGUGGUUAUAAUGCAUUGUAAGGUUUGUCAUAAGCAUUUAUGACCCUCUUAUAAGCUCUCAUUGUCAUCUCACCAUGAUCCUGACUAAAUAUCAGCCAUUUUGAAUCAAUGCAAUGGACACCACAUGUAGUCUACUAAAUAACUUUGCUGAUGAUGUGUUAUGCUGUAACAUUUUACAUUUUUGUAUUUUAGUCAUUUUAGCAAACGCUCUUAUCCAGAGCGACUUACAGUUAGUGAGUGCAUACAUGUUUCAUACGUGUUGUGAUGUGUUUUCUUCUUGAUGGUGUUGAUGACACGCUCCAGUGUCAUUAUGCAACACGAGGCUCAGUGAUUGAAAGGUGGGAACGUUCUCGCCUGAUUAUCACUGGUCCUCUACGAUUGCGUCCCAAAUGGCACCCUAUUCCCUAUAUAGUGCACUACUUUUGACCAGAGCCCUACAGGGUGCAAUUUGGGACGUAUCCCUUAUGGUACACAGAUGCAGGGCUUUGAUCCUUUGUCCUGUGAAGGGACAUUUUUCUCAUCUUUUGUCUUUUCAUACUCUCCUCUCAAUCAGUCACCCUCCUGUGUGUCUCUCUCUAUUCCGCAGCGUUCCAUCAGCUUCCGCAGUGAGAGCCGGACAGAGACGGUCAUGCCUCCUCGACCAUGGACGCGGCCGGCCCCACAAGCCAACACCAAGCGGCGUGACAGCAAGCUUUGGAGCGAGACCUUUGACGUGCGGCUCGGACACCAGAUGCUGUCCUCUAAGGAAAUCAAACGCCAGGAGGUAAGGGUUUUCCUCAGGGUUACCAUGGGUACACCGUUACAAAACAAUAGAAAUACCUGCUUCUAUAUAGUACUGUACUGUAUCAUCCUGUUUUGAUGUCUUCACUGUUAUUAUACAAUGUAGAAAAUAGUAAAAAUAAAGAAAAACCUUUGAAUGAGUAGGUGUGUCCAAACUUUUGACUGGUACUGUAUAUAUUUGUUGUUGUAUUUUACCCCCCUUUUCUCCCCAAUUUCGAUCUUGUCUCAUCGCUGCAAUAGCAUAGUUAUACCAAGGAUGUACAUCUCCUAGAAUGCAUGAAAGAUGCUCAGAUUAAGGGCCCAUAGCAAAACCCAAACCCAGAGAGAGAUAUUCCCUAGUCUAUGAGCAGAUCCUGCCUGGUAAGCACUGAUGGGAAAACCACAGCCAAAUUACAGAGGAACAUCAGGGUCAGGAGUGGCUUGGAGGUGGAGGGGCUCCAAUAACAUCCCAGCUGCUUCUUUUUCCUCUUCUCCCCUCCUCUCUCACCUCGUCUUGCGACCCACCCCCCCCCACCCCAAACCCCCGAUAUAGAGAUCUCUCUAACUCUCUCUCCUCUAUAUGCCAUGUAUCUACUCUCCGAGAGAGAAAAAAAAAGGAGAAGAGGAAAAACCCGCUCUCCCGAGCGCUCUCUCGAGAGAGUGCCCCGUCUCUAUCUCUCCCCCCUCUCUCUGAUCACUUCACUAACUCCCCUCGAGAGAGAGAGAAAAAAGAAUCACUCCCCCUCCCUUCCCUCUCUCCUCUCCCUCCCCCCUUCUCUAUCUCUCCCCCUCUCUCUAUCUCUUCCUCUCUCUCCCCUCUCCCCCCCCCCCCCCCCCACCCCCCACCCCCCUCUCUCUCUCUCUCUCUGCUCCUAGAGAUCUCCUCCACUCUCCCAGGCUUAGACUCAGUCACAGAGGGGAUCAAGUAUCACUUCACAGUUUUAACAGUUAAAAUUAGAAGGCCUGUCUGAAACAUGCCCACCCCCCCCCCCCCCCCCCCCCCCCCCCCCCUCCACUAAAACUGGGACUCCCCCUCUCAGGCCACACAGAGUAGACAUCAAAGGACAGGAGAUAUGGGAUAGGGUGUUCACAACAGAACCCAGCUGUCCACUGGGAAGUAUUGCAUUUUUAGGGGUCAACGGGGUCUUGUGGUUUUCUCUCUGUGUGCCCAACAGAAGUCUUGUGGCUGUAGAGAGGCGAAGCGUUGAAAGCUCAUCUUUCUGCAAAGACCUUUAGAUUUGUCAGUCUGCCAUUUGUUAUUUCAUACAUGUACUCAUUUUUCUAAAAAGACAGAAAGAAAGAAAUAAGAAAGAAAGAAUGAAUGAAAGAAAGAAAUUAUGUGUAUAUGUUUUCAAUGUUCAUGGUGGUGAAAUAGCUUUGAUCUUUGAAGCUAUUGACUUGUUGUUUUUCUGAAAUGUUUGACUGAACAAGGACCCUUGUUUCACCAUUCUGUCUUUGUCUCUCCUUCCUUUUGUAUGUUUGCAGGCAAUCUUUGAGCUUUCUCAAGGGGAGCAGGAUCUCAUUGAGGAUCUGAAGCUGGCCAAGAAGGUACGAUCUGCUUUUCAAAUUAAGAUAAUUUCCCUUUUUCGUUUUCAUUGAGCGUAUCACAGCUCAGUUAUUCUACGCUGGUGAUCAGCCAGUCUCCGGUUUCCCCUGUGCUCCCACAAUCACACACCUAAGACUGUGUGUGUGUGUGUGUGUGUGUGUGUGUGUGUGUGUGUGUGUAUGUGCGCACACGUGCUUAUGGUUUCUCCCAAUACUUUGUUACUCACACAGCACUUUCUGUGAAUGACCAUUAGGCUACGUGUUCUGUGAUUGACCAUUAGGCUACGUGUUCUGUGAAUGACCAUUAGGCUACGUGUUCUGUGAAUGACCAUUAGGCUACGUGUUCUGUGAAUGACCAUUAGGCUACGUGUUCUGUGAAUGACCAUUAGGCUACGUGUUCUGUGAAUGACCAUUAGGCUACGUGUUCUGUGAAUGACCAUUAGGCUACGUGUUCUGUGAAUGACCAUUAGGCUACGUGUUCUGUGAAUGACCAUUAGGCUACGUGUUCUGUGAAUGACCAUUAGGCUACGUGUUCUGUGAAUGACCAUUAGGCUACGUGUUCUGUGAAUGACCAUUAGGCUACGUGUUCUGUGAAUGACCAUUAGGCUACGUGUUCUGCGAAUGACCAUUAGGCUACGUGUUCUGUGAAUGUCCACGUGUUCUGCAUGGAGGUACAAGACACCAACAGAUGUUUAGGCUAUUUAUGUCCAAUACUGUUUCUGAAAAUAUCUUUAAUAUCUUCUUGACAUGUCCCAUUUGACGUCAGUUACCUUUCUUAGUGCUGUUUUGGAACGCGAGUAAAGUGUUUUUUUUACUAAUAUUGGGUGUGUAGUUUAUAUGAUCCAUCUGAGCUUGGCUCAAGUAACUUAUCUGGGUCAAACACUUUUUACAUUUCCAUUUUAUUCUUAUCCAAAGCGACUUCCAGUUAGUGAGUGCAUACAUUUUCAUACUGGCCCCCCGUGGGAAACGAACCCACAACCCUGGCGUUGCAAGCGCCAUGCUCUACCAACUGAGCUACACUUGUAGAUAUCCACGUCAUAAGCUACCAAUAAACCCCAAGGGUAUUUCCAUCUUUAGAGCAAACUCUUGAUUCAGCUUUCAAUGCUUAUAAAGCACGUGAGUAAAAUAGUGUAUAAAUAGAGUUUGGUUUCAUUGCUACUGUUCUAACUUAACCGUUCUCCUUCCUCUGUACCUGCAGGCGUACCAUGACCCUAUGCUGAAGUUGUCCAUUAUGACAGAGCAUGACCUUAACCAGAUCUUCGGAACCCUGGACUCCCUCAUUCCGUUGCAUGAAGGUGAGAACGGAAGCUUGCAAAGGGUAGAACCACAGGAUAGGGAAUUGCAAAGAAACACAGUUGCUCACACAAACACAGAAGCCAUCACACACACAGUGGUCCUCUGUAGCUCAGCUGGUAGAGCACGGCGCUUGUAACGCCAGGGUAGUGGGUUCGAUCCCCGGGACCACCCAUACACAAAAAUGUAUGCACGCAUGACUGUAAGUAGCUUUGGAUAAAAGCGUCUGCUAAAUGGCAUAUUAUUAUCAUUACAGUCACGCAAACACACAGGCACACAUCCACCCACCCACACACACACACACACACACACACACACACACAGAGUUCUUACACCUAAAAGAGCCGAUAGACAGAGGCUGAGCGCUCUCCUCCUUCUCAUCCAUCAGAUCUGCUGAGUCGACUGCGAGAGGCCAGGAAACCAGACGGCUCUACAGAAAAUGUGGGACACAUCCUAGUGGACUGGGUAAGACCAUCUAUAUCCGCCUGUGUUAUAAUGCUGUUAUAAUCAUAUAGGGCGGUGAGGGUUUCCUGUCCAUAUGACCUAAACAGGAAAAACGGAUAGAUCAACUGUAUUAUAUAACAGUUUUAAUGCAGAUUUUACUUUUCUAGAAAUCAGGCAUUUGUACGUUCAUACUACACAUGCCCAAGGUGGGGAUAUCUAACAGUCAGCAACAUGUACUUCUGAAACAAGGUAGAGAAGAGGGGUAUGACCUGAAUUGUUACAUAGAUGAGUUGUGGUAGUUACAGAGUUUAGUCUAUUAAUCAGGGUGACUGGCCUGGUCAGGAUUAGCAGGAAUUUUGUGUCACUUCCUUUCAACAGCAUCAAUUUACUUUCUGAGGAAGGACUUCAGCCAUCCAGAACCCCAAAACAGCUAGUUUACGAGGCAGCCUGCGAUGUUGUUUGUUUUCCAUAAUGUAGCUAUCUUAUAACAACCGAUAAAUCCCCUGUGUUUUAAGGACCUUUUGGCCCAGUUUUCUUUUUUGAUUCUCUGUGUGUGUGUGUGUGUGUACUCAGAGCUCUGUAAGUUGACCUCUGGGGUUCACACAACAACAGUAGCUGUUGAACCCAGAUGAACCUCUUUUGGUGUGGAGUCAGGUUACCCUGUGUGGAGGUUAAAACAAAGCUCUUAAGUAACAUGCAAUGAUAACUUCCUCAGAAUGCGUGCAGUAACACUUUAGCUGGACACAGAGCUGGAACCAGGCUAGUUCUGCAGUGCUGUGAAGUGUGUUAGUGUAAGGGUGCUGAGCAGCUCCUCUCCAUCCCUUUCCCUCCAUCCCUACUUCCUGUUUACACUAGGUAGUUAUGGAGGGGAACAAUGCAUGCCUGACGGGGACGCGGAGAGCCUCCUCCGCUCCUCUGCUUCUCAGCUGUUUACUUGCCCUAGUCCACCUCUCCUCUGAACUCUGCUCCACUGCGGAAAGAUGUCAAUAUGGUUGCAUAAUAGAGUAAAUAUGUCCCAUUUCCAUGGUAGAUGGCCUGGCUUAUGCCUUGGUUUAUCUAUCGGUUACAUUAACACUGACAUCUUUCUGGCUCUGACUGCACCAGCCCACUGACAUUCCAAUAGUGUUCAAUGUGAUGUAGACCAGGUACAAUAUAUUGAAUAGAUCUGGAGGUCCAUUUAAAGAUGAAGAGACUUGUUGUAUGGUAGACCUACACAGAGCUAGAACUGGAACGCUAGUGCUGAGAGAUUAACCAACAUUUCUGGGGGGUUUCGGUUUUUCAACAACUAAUUCAGUUAAAUUACUUGAAUUCCAUUUAGUUCUGUUUUUUUGUGAGCACAGCGCGCUGUUUCUCUAGAGAGAAAUCAAAUCAUUCAUGAGAGAAAUCAAGUCAAAAACGAUGUGGGAUGCUCGGCUGAAGGGAGUUGUAGUUUUCACUAAGCAAAUAUUCAUGCUAGAUCUGUUCAGAAAUGUGGUAAUUAACUACAAUGACCAUAAUCCAUUGUGCCUGUUCUUUCCAGCUCGGACAGAGAUGGAUACACUUUUACGUCUGCUAAGUUAGGUUAGAUACACACUGACUGCAUGAGAGAGGAAUGUACACAACACAGCGACAUAGAGACAGUUCGUGAAAGUAUGCCUUAUCUACUUUGAAGAACUAGUACAAUUAUUUCCGUCAGACAGCUCUGCAGCAUACUUAAAUCAAAUCAUAAAAUCAAAAUGUAUUUGUCACAUGCGCCAAAUACAACAGGUGUAGACCUUACCGUCAAAUGCUUACUUACAAGCCCGUAACCUACAAUGCAGUUUUAAGAAAAAUAAGAGUUAAGAAAAUAUUUACUAAAUAAACUAAAGUAAAAAAGAAAGUAAUACAAUAACAAUAAUGAGGCUAUAUACAGGGGUUACUGGUACCGAGUCAAUGUGUUGGGGCACAGGUUAGUCAAGGUAAUUGAGGUACUAUGUACAUGUAGGCUGGGGUAAAGUGACUAUGCAUAGAUAAUAAACAGCGAGUAGCAGCAGUGUAAAAAUAGGGGGGGGGGGGGGGCAAUGCAAAUAGUCCGGGUAGCCAUUUGAUUAACUGUUCAGCAGUUGUAUGGCUUGGGUGUAGAAGCUGUUAAGGAGCCUUUGGACCUAGACUUGGCGCACCUGUAUGUACCUCUAACCCUUUUCCUGUAGUGCACGAUCAGCUCCUUUGUCUUGAUCACGUUGAGGGAGAGGUUGUUGUCCUGUUGAGGGAGAGGCUGUCAGAUCGUUGUCGGUGAUCAGGCCUACCACCGUUGUGUCAUCAGCAAACUUAAUGAUGGUGUUGAAGUCGUGCUUGGCCACGCAGUCGUGGGUGAACAGGGAGUACAGGAGGGGACUAAGCACGCACCCCUGAGGGGCCCCUGUGUUGAGGAUCAGCGUGGCAGAUGUGUUGUUGCCUACCCUUACCACCUGGGGGCGUCAGAAAGUCCAGGAUCCAGUUGCAGGGGGAGGUGUUCAGUCCCAGGGUCCUUAGCUUAGUGAUGAGCUUUGUGGGCACUAUGGUGUUGAACGCUGAGCUGUAGUCAAUGAACAGCAUUCAUUGAACAGCAUUCAACUGGCAAGUGAAGACACUUGCCAGUUGGUCAGCACAUGCUCUGAGUACAAGUCCUGGUAAUACGUCUGACCCUGCGGUGUUGUGAAUGUUGACCUGUGUAAAGGUCUUACUCACAUUGGCUACGGAGAGCGUGAUCUCAGGCUAGCCUUGCUAAAUAGGAUGACUAAAGACAGUACGGUAUGGGGAGUACUGGCUGGUACUGCCUGAGCAGGAUGAAAUGAUGACUUUAAGGAAUGACAAAUAAUAAAUUAAUCAAAGAAAAAAUAUAUAUUUUAUCAGAAGUCAAAAACCGUGAUUUAAAAUAAAAUCCAACCUCAAAAAGCGCUAUGGAACAUGCACACUACAUAAGAGAUCCUGCUAAUAAAUAUUAACUUGACUGAAGGAGAAACUCAAUUACUGACCUCUCCCCCCCCCACCUUUCUCUCUUCCUCCCCCUCCCUCCCUCCCUCCUCCCUCCACAAGUUACCGUGUCUGGACUCCUACAACUCGUACUGCAGUAACCAGGUGGCAGCCAAGGCUCUGCUGGACCAUAAGAAACAGGACCACCGGGUGCAUGACUUCCUGCAGCGCUGCCUGGAGUCGCCCUUCAGCAGGAAGCUGGACCUGUGGAACUUCCUGGAUAUACCCAGGAGCCGGCUGGUCAAAUACCCUCUGCUGCUCAGGGAGAUCCUCAAACACACACCUAACGACCAUCCGGACCGUCAACACCUGGAUGAGGCAGUGAGUGGAUUUGGUGAUAGACAUGAAUGCAUGCACACACACAAAACCCCCCACUAACACCCCCCCCCCACACACACACACACACACACACACACACUCACACACACUCACAAAACUUAAACCACACUUUUCAUUCCCUCUUCCUGUCACCAGAUCAACAUGAUCCAGAGCAUCGUGGCUGAGAUCAACACCCAGACGGGCGAGUCAGAGUGCCGUUUCUACAAGGAGCGUCUCCUCUACCUGGAAGACAGCCAGAGAGACCUGCUCAUUGACAACUCCCGUAUUCUCAGCUGUCACGGGGAACUGAAGAACAACAGGGGAGCUGUGAGUAGAGCUGCCUAGCAUCUAUCACUACUAAGUAUGCAUAUGAACAGACCUGCUACACUACACAGCUAAAAACCUACAAUAACAGGUUGCUUUCAUCAUGCAAACACAAUGCAAACGUUACUCAGUGUAGCAGCUAUUUUAAUGGUAAAAUGGCACGGCAACGUCUGCUGACAGGGAAUUCAAUACUAACACUCUACUGCUUGGUACGUCUUCUGGCGUAAGUAAGGUCAACGGUGAGGAUAUUUGUUUAGCAUUGAAUGAGUCACAGUUUUACGUUUGUACCAUGUAGAGAUAUACAGUGUACCUGUGAUGGUACGAGCAAACCCUCUGACCAUGACCCCUAAAGCACCUCUCUGCCACCACAUAUCAAUACGUCUACUGGGGUCAGGGGUCAGCUCUGAGAGCGUUGGUUCACCUCUAGGCCCUCGCUGGGUCAUCUUUCCUGCUGAGGGAAAAGAGGUUUCCAAGGUCAAAGACAAGAAGACCGAUUUCUGAAACAUCUAGUCAAUCACUCCGCUCCGUCAACACUGUUACGUAAGCUACAUAACAACAACAGGCAAGCGCAGGGCUGCCGGGGUCAGGGAGGGCAGAGAGAAGGUGUAGGCUAACCUAGCCAAGCCAGAGGGCAAUGUCCUUAAACAUGCCUAGGAUACACUCUAACAUAGGCUUAGAAAGAAACAUAACAUCACGUGCAUUGUGUGUGUUUAGAAAGAAACAUUCUGUUGUGACAUCCUGAGAAGCUGAUUGGGUUCUGGGUGCCGAGGUGAAAAAGAAACGAUGUGGACUGUCAGUCAGAGAGAGGGGCCGGAACAUUUGUUUCAUCUCCUCCCUUCAACCAAAGCUUUUCAUUUGGGUUUUGUUUACCAUGUUUGUGCCACAUGGUACAAAUUGGAAGCACCUGGUCGCGUGUUGUUAGAUGUUGCAUAUCCCUAUCCAUCUCUGGGUUGGUGGUAGCAUACUGGUGGUUUGGGCUUUGAUACGGUUCAGUUCCCACCAGCAGUAAUAAGAGGGUAGUGGUGGUGUGGAGAGGGACGGAGAGAGAGGGAGGGGGGGAAGAGGGAAGGAGAGAAGGAGGGAGAGAGGGAGUAAUCACAGGAAAGGAGAGACUGAAGGCUAUUAAUCAGGCUGUGCUGGGGUAGCUAGCCAGGACAGACCCAAGCAGAGGCACACACAGCCUUUCAAGUCCGGUGGGAAAAAACACUGAAACAUUACCAUAUUGUGUUUUAACAAUAAACCAAUAAAUCCACCUGUAUUAUACAGGAAAAGGACUAAAGGCAUUACACUAAAGAUCUGCACAUUAAUUUAGCUAUGAAGUUAAUUUAUUGUUUGUUUUAUCAAGUGUUAAUAUGAGAAGAAUGGAAGCCUACAGGUCGUUAGAAUCGAGGUGAGGUCAUAGUGACUCAUGGUCGACUAACAUGGCCUUUGUCUCUGUCUAUCUGCGGUAAAGUGUUGUUAUUUAAGGAUGAACAAAGACACAGAGCGAGAAAGUCAACCAGAUGAAAGUUCCACUUCUUUCAUCUUCUCACGCUGGUUUCACCUAAACCAGCCCAUUGAAACCUGAGGGUCUUCAUGCAGACACACACAUAGCCUGUACUCACACACACCACAGAUUUUUUUGUGUGUGUUUAUGUUCUGUUCCUUUAUGGUCAGCCAUGACUGGCUUGUGUUCUAUAUUAGACUCAUUCUUAUACGGUCUUAUAUCGGUAUCUCAGAAAGAGUUCUUAUAAGUGAAAAUGGAAAUGUUGAGAGAAGAGAGAUUCCCCCUUUGAUGGAGUAGUGUUAGUGGGUGUUCUAUCGUCAGGAUUCACUGUAUUCUUACACAACACAACCCUGGAAGCCUCCACAUCACAUCUCUGCUAAAGUCUGUUACAACAUUAUAGACCAUCUCUGUCUCUACUCCCUUAAAAGUCUUCCAGUGUUUACUAAACACUGGUCCUCUUAAAUCAAACAGUGUAAGUGCUACAGGAACACAUCAUCCCCUUCCUACUCCAGUUUUGAACUUUCAAUACAAGUUGAAGAUGUUCUCUUAUGUAUCAUGCAGGGUCAGCUUAUGAAGCCAUUCAUCACAUGGAAAGGAAAACAUGGGCCAAAGUGUGUUUAAAGUAAACAUACCACCCACACUGGUGGUGUUCGUACUAUUUUCUAGUCGGAGGAGUUUGAUUUUGUGGGAGUAGUUGGCCUGCUGCUGAAAUAUCUGGCCCUGUUUGGUCCAAUGACCUUUAUUUCCAAUGUAGCUAUGAAUUGUAUUGUGUUAUGGUGUAUUAUUUUUGUAUUGCUUACUGCUGCCGCCAGGGCUCCCUUGAAAAAUAUAUUCCAAUGAGAUCUCAAUGAGUAACCUGGAUAAAUAUGUUUUAAAUGAGGAAAAAGCAGCUUACCCUUACACCUUCCUUAUCCCUCUAUCUCCAGAAGCUGCAUGUGUUCCUGUUCCAGGACGUGCUGGUCAUCACCAGGACCAUCACCCACAGUGAGCAGCUGCUCUACCAGAUGUUCCGCCAGCCCAUCCCCGUCAGAGACCUGCAGUGGGAGGACCUGCAGGACGGGGAGAUCCGUCUCGGAGGCUCCAUCAGAGGGGCCUUCAGCAACAAUGAGAGGAGUGAGUGUUUACUCCAUAGAAUUACAUAUAGAACAUUGGAAUAUGAAUGAUAGGAUCUGUAUGGUUUAUCCCUAGUGGAUAACGACUGUGGCCGCCGAUAACUGGAGCUUGACACCCUAUCCUAUUAAUAAUGUGGUCAUUAACUUGUAAUCUGCCCGUCUAAUUUCCCCUGUCUAACCUCUUCAUCUCUCCUCUCCUUUCCUACCUCAGCCAAAAACUUCUUCAGAGUGUCGUUUCAUAGUGGUGGCCAGCUCCAGUCCCACUCGUUCCAAGCCAGCGAUGCCUUUAACAAACAGCAGUGGCUGAACUGCAUCCGCCAGGCCAAAGGAGCCGCCGAGUCGGCCGUGGGGGUGGGGAUUCCUGUCAGGGUGGGGACCAGUAGCAGUGACCCAGACCCCACUCCAAGCCCACUCAGCCCCCAGAGCUUUCUGAGCCCUACAACACCUGCCCUCUCAGGAGCACUGGCCCCCCAGCUGGUCCCUCAGCCAGAGAGCAUGGACAACAGCGACAGUGACUCGUCUGUAGACUCUCCAGACUGCAGCAUGGACGUGGACAUGAGCGAGGCCUCUGACUCCACCACAGGCUGCCCUGGCUCUGCCCAGAUGGACCAAACAGACUCUAGUAGCAGCAGCAGGCCAGCAGAAGUGUGA